CCUUCUCUUCCUCUUUGUCUGGUGCAGUGAAGGGCUGGACGCCAUUUUAAGCUCCCCUGUCAGCGAGUGAGGUGCGCAGUCAGCUCGUUAUUAACAUGUCGGAUGAGGGGAAACUAUUUGUCGGCGGCCUUAGCCUCGACACGGACGAGCAGGCCCUGGAAGAACACUUCUCCAAAUACGGGCAGAUCACCGAGGUGCGAGUUAUUAAGAACCGAGAGACCAUGGCGUCCCGUGGUUUCGGCUUCGUAACUUUCGACAACCCGGAGGACGCCAAGGACGCUUUGCAGGCCAUGAACGGCAAAUCUGUCGACGGCCGCCAGAUCCGAGUGGGUCAAGCAGAGAAGAAGAGGGGAGGUGGUCGUGGUUACGGUGGAGGUCGAGGCGGCGGCGGCGGAUAUGGUAACCGCAGAAGAGGCGGUGGUUACUGGGAUAACGAGCGGAGCAGCUAUGGCGGAGGAGGCCGGUACGACCAGAGCGAGCGUGAUGGCUACUUGGGUGGGUACCGGAGCCAGAGCCAGAGCAGUUACAACAGCUACGGAAGCCGCUAUAACCGAGACUAUGACUGCACAUGGGCACCACUUUCCAGGAGGAUCAAACAGCUCGGAAUGGAGGUUGAACAACUGCGAACCGACAAGAUGGCGGGCGGGCGGGAGCGGACUGCGGUCGGAGGGAAGAUCUCGCGCAGUUGUGGCGCGGAAAGACCCACCUGCCGUGCGAUUGGCUGGUGUCCACAGAGCCUGGCCAAUGGAGCAGCGGCUUGGGGGCUGGUGGGCGGAGCGAGCCGAGCUAGAGUCGAGCUGCAGCCGCCACCGAAGGAGCAGACCGGGAACACGAGAGCGGAGAGAACACGCACCAGCACCAUGUCUGAGGAAGGAAAGUUAUUCAUCGGCGGCCUCAACUUUGAGACGGACGAGCAGGCGCUCGAGGAGGUGUUCUGCAAGUACGGGCAGAUCUCCGAGGUGCGUGUUAUCAAGGACAGGGACACACAAACGUCCCGUGGCUUCGGCUUCAUCACCUUCGAGAACCCGGGUGAUGCCCACGAUGCAAUGCAGGCGAUGAACGGCAAGUCUCUGGAUGGCCGCCAGAUCCGGGUGGACCACGCUGAGAAGAAGACGGGAGGCGGUGGCGGCUACGGCGGAGGAGGACGAAGUUACGGCCGCGGGCGAGGCGGCGGAUACGGUGCCCGGCAGUAUGACACGAGGGACAACUUCUACCGCCAAGAUAACUACACCCGAGGCCGAGGCGCCUACAAUUAUGGAAGCCGCAACACCUACCAGUGACUUGCGUGUGUGUACCCGGCCUGAAACCGAGGCCCACUUCUCUCCCUCCCCCACCCUUUACUUAACACCCUACUGAGGGAGGAGGAGCGGGGAGGCGGAAGGUUCCUGUCCACGAGUCCCGUCCCGCCAUUACAGGACUGCCUCUGUUGGUGCCAAACGCCUCUCCCCUCUUAUGCUCCACUCGCUUUCCUGCUCCACCCUCUCCUUUGUCCGUCGCGAAGUUUUAUAGCUUAAAAGUUCAGCCAGUUUGUAACUUAAAAGACAUUUUUUUACUUUGAAUUAACGCGGAGGAAGUUGUGGCGGGCGGUAGAUGUGCGUAGUGACCCAGCGCCUCUGUGGCGUUGAAGCAGUCUGGUCUCUUCUAAUGGUGAAAAUGUGUCGUUUGAGAAGCAAAAUCCCGCUUUCCGAAGCCUGGGUACUUUAUUUACUUAAGACAAAUUAUUUUGAUGGAAAGCUGAACACGUUCUGUAUGAAAUUCUUUGCAAAGUGAGAAAUUAAAAAUGGAAUUGAA